GUGGCAGGCGGGGGGCGGGGAGCCGAGCGCGAGAGGGAGGCGAGCGGCUAGACAUAGGCUCCGAGGCUCCAGCGAGCGAGCGACGAGCGAGCCCGGGAGGGAGGGAGCGAGCUAGCAGCCGCGCCGCCGCCUCGCAAUCCGCCGCCAUCCCGCCGCCUCCGCGCCCGACCGCAGCCCGACCGCCAUCGCCCGGCCCAGUCGCGCCCGCGGAAUCAGACCAGGCAGAUCGGGAGCGGUGCCGAGAAAAAUUUCCUUACUAGAUGACAUUUCAUCGCAAUGUCCGAUCGUUUGGGGCAAAUAACCAAGGGCAAGGAUGGGAAAAGCAAGUAUUCGACUCUCAGCCUGUUUGAUAAGUAUAAAGGAAAAUCAGUAGACUCGAUCAGAUCCUCAGUUAUUCCUAGACAUGGCUUACAGAGUCUCGGGAAAGUUGCCACAGCCCGGCGUAUGCCACCGCCUGCAAACCUGCCAAGCUUGAAGUCUGAAAACAAAGGAAACGACCCCAACAUCGUUAUAGUACCCAAGGACGGAACGGGAUGGGGAAACAAGCAGGAUCAGCAAGACCCAAAGAGUUCCAGUGCGACGGCCUCUCAGCCGCCGGAGUUGCUGCCGCAGCCGGGUUUGCAGAAAUCUGUCUCCAAUUUGCAGAAACCGACACAGUCCAUCAGUCAGGAGAAUACAAAUUCAGCGCCAGGUGGACCAAAGUCAUGGGCACAGCUGAAUGGAAAGCCAGCAGGACACGAAGGUGGUUUAAGGGCCUCAAGCCGACUGUUAUCCUUCUCUCCCGAGGAAUUUCCGACGCUGAAAGCAGCUGGAGGGCAGGACAAGGCUGGCAAAGAAAAGGGCGUCUUAGAUCUGUCGUAUGGGCCAGGACCAAGCCUCCGCCCUCAGAAUGUGACAAGCUGGAGGGAGGGCGGUGGGCGAAACAUAAUUUCUGCCACGUCUCUGAGCGCCUCCCCAACUGAGCUGGGCAGCAGGAACUCGAGUGCGGGAGACGGAGCCCCCUCCUCGUCAUGUACCAGCGAUUCUAAGGACCCCUCUCUCCGCCCGGCUCAGCCUGUCCGAAAAGGGGCUUCACAGUUCAUGGGGAAUGUAUACCACCCACCUACAUACCAUGACAUGCUUCCUGCUUUUAUGUGUUCGCCACAGUCAUCCGAGAGCCAGAGUGCAGUGGGACGAGGAACUUUUCCCCUUCCCCAGCUCCGUCUUGAACCCCGUGUUCCUUUUAGACAGUUCCAGAUGAAUGACCAAGACGGAAAAGAAAACAGGCUGGGAAUGACCCGCCCGAUCCGUCCACUGAGGCAGCUGGUGGAACGGGCGCCGAGGCCCACCAUCAUCAACGCGGAGAACCUGAGGGGCCUUGACGACCUGGACACCGAUGCUGAUGACGGCUGGGCAGGCCUCCAUGAAGAAGUGGACUACUCGGAAAAGUUGAAGUUCAGUGAUGAUGAGGAGGAGGAGGAAGUUGUGAAGGAUGGCAGGCCAAAGUGGAACAGUUGGGACCCCAGGAGGCAGCGGCAGUUGUCAGUGAGCUCUGCAGACAGUGCUGAUGCCAAGCGCACCCAAGAGGAAGGAAAGGACUGGGGCGAAACAGGAGGCAGGACCCGUGUCGUCCGGAAGGUGCCAGAACCUCAGCCGCCUUCUAGGAAGCUUCACAGCUGGGUGUCAGGCCCUGACUACCAGAAGUCCUCCAUGGGCAGCGUGUUCCGGCAGCAGUCUGUCGAGGACAAAGAGGACAAGCCACCCCCGAGGCAGAAGUUCGUCCAGUCGGAGAUGUCCGAGGCCGUGGAGCGAGCCCGAAAGCGCCGGGAAGAGGAGGAGCGCCGGGCCCGGGAGGAGAGGUUGGCCGCCUGUGCCGCCAAACUCAAGCAGCUGGACCAGAAGUGCAGGCGGGCUCAGAAGGCGGGUGGGGCCCAGGAGCCGGCGGGGAAGGAGGCGCCCCGCUCUCCAGGCGCCCCACAGGAGAAUGGCCCAGCUGUCCGCAGAGGCUCCCCUGAGUUCUCUGCCCAGGAAGCCCCCAACACGUUUUCGGAGGAAGCCCCUACAGCCCCUGCAGCUGUGGCUCAGAGCGGCGGCAGUGAGGAGGGGGCCAGGGAGCCUGGGUCCCCUGCGCAGGAGUUCAGCAAGUACCAGAAGUCGCUUCCACCCAGGUUCCAGCGCCAGCAGCAGCAGGAGCAGCUGUACAAGAUGCAGCACUGGCAGCCAGUGUGCCCUCCGCCAUCCCACCCGCAGCGCACCUUCUACCCGCACCAGCCUCAGGUGCUGGGCUUCGACCCCAGGUGGAUGGUGAUGCCUUCCUACGUGGACCCACGGAUCCCGCCCACGCGGACCCCAGUGGAUUUCUAUCCCUCAGCCCUGCAUCCCUCGGGAUUGAUGAAACCCAUGAUGGCCCAAGAUUCUCUCAGUGGAACUGGCUGUCGCUCUGAGGAUCAGAGCUGUGUGCCCCCCCUGCCGGAAAGGAAAGUGACCACCAUCGAUGCAGCCCCCGUGUGGAGCCCCGAGGGUUACAUGGCGUUGCAGAGCAAGGGCUACUCGCUCCCCCACCCGAAACCCAGUGACACUUUGGCCAUGGACAUGCGUGUCAGUAAAGGCGAGCUGGCUGUGCUGGCCCAGUGCCCCAGACUCUCCGCGGACGCCCCGGCUCCAGCUUGUGUGAACCAGAGGAUCCCCGGCUGCUCGCUGAGUCCACCGGCCACUGACUUCUUCACUCUCUGGACUCCAGGGGCCGCCACCAGCCCAUGGCCCAGCAUCUCUGAGACCUGUUUAAAGAUAGAGCGAAUGAAUGAAAGCUCUUACUCUGCCUCACCUGGAAGGUCAGGGGGCGUAAGUGCCCGGCGCAAUCUCCUUGAGGAGAGAGGGGAGGAGUACUUGAGUGCUUUUGACAAGAAGGCCCCAGCAGACUUUGACAGCUGUGUCUCUUCUCAAAGAAUAGGCCAGGAGCUUUUGUUUCCACCCCAAGAAAAUGUUCAGGAAGCAGGCGCACCUGGGAGUCACACCCCAAACCUCAGGUGUUCCACACUGGAGCCCGACUUUGCCCCGGCUGAGAAAAAACCAGAGUAUAGCGAUUGGGACGUGAGCCGCCAGCUGAAGGCCGCCAACCCAGACACCAGGGUCGAGAAGGAGGCGCCCCAGGAGGGACUGUCCUUCAGUGUCUCCUCCUGGGAGAAGGAAGGCAGCCCCGGCAGACAGCCGGCCCUGGAGCCCGCGUGGACGCCAGAAGCCCGGGGCGCCGGCAGCCAGCACCCUGAGCAGACCAGCAGGACCCGGAGGUCCGGCCCCAUCAAGAAGCCCGUCCUGAAGGCCCUCAAGGUGGAGGACAAGGAGAAGGAGCUCGACAAGGUGAAGCCAGAGCUGGGAGAGGGGAGCGCCUGCCCGGCUCGGGAGACGGGGCCCGUUUGCGAGACGGCCGAGGACCAAGACCAAGAGAACGACCCCGCGCUGGCCAACGUGGCCCCGGCUGCCUCGGAGGACCAGGGCUCGGCCCGUGCUGCCUUGGGCCGCGGGGCCAGCCGGCCGGAGGAGGAUGACAAGCCCGUCGGGGCCCGGGAUGCCAGCCCCUCCCGGGAGGCCAGCCACACACCGCCUACCAAGAGGAAUAACUGGAUCUUUAUUGACGAGGAGCAGGCCUUUGGGGGCCGGGGGCAGGCCCGGGGCCGCGGCCGCGGGUUCCGAGAGUUCACUUUCCGCGGGCGGCCCGUGGGCGGCGGCCUCUGUGGCGGGGGCGUCCUUGGGGCGCGGGGCCUCUACGGCGGCAGCCAGAGGAGCGGCCGCGGCCGGGGACCGCGAGAGUUCGGGCUGGCAGACGACUUCCCCCGGGCCAAGCCCCGGCGGAGGAUCGCCAGCGAGACCCACAGCGAGGGCUCUGAGUACGAGGAGCUUCCCAAGCGGCGGCGGCAGCGGGGCGCCGAGACCGGGGACGAGGGCGCGCUCCCGGAGAGGGAGGAGGCCGCCGGGAGGAAGGGCGACUUCAGGGAGUCCUGGCGGUCCGGCAGGAUGUACCCCGAGGACCACGGCGGGCCAGAGGCCAAGAACCGAGGCCCGCGGGCCUUCGGGCGCGCCCUCCCCCCGCGGCUGAGCAACUGCGCAUAUGGCCGGAGAACCUUCGCGGCCAAGGAGGCGGCCCCCUGGCCGAGCCGGGGUCUGGGCGCCUCCUGGCAGGAGUCCGGCCCCCCCGACACGUGCGGGGCCCGGCGGCCCUCAGACAGAGACUACAUCCCGGACACCUACAGACACCCCGACGCCUUGGGCACCCGGGGCUUCGAGGAUGGCCGUGUGGAGGACAAGAGGGCCUUCUUCCAAGAUGACCACGCGGCAGAUUCCGAAAAUGCCGAGAACCGGCCCUUCAGGAGAAGACGGCCCCCGCGCCAGGACAAGCCCCCCCGCUUCCGGCGCCUUCGGCAGGAGCGGGAGGCCCUGGGCCUGUGGGGGCCGGAGGAGGAGCAGCCCCUGCCGGCGGGCCAGUGGCCGGGCCGGCCCAGACCGUGUCCCGGGGACAGGAGCGGCACCACGGGCCGCAGGUCCCCCGAGCUCGCCUACCAGAACUCCUCGGACCACGCCAACGAGGAGUGGGAGACGGCCUCCGAGAGCAGCGACUUCAGUGAGAGGCGGGAGAGGCGGGACGGGCCCGGGCCCGAGCCCGAGCCCCAGGCCGACGGCCUGCCCGGGGCGAGCGCGGGUGAGAAGAAGGAGCUGGCCAAGCGGAGCUUCUCCGGCCAGAGACCCCUCGUUGACAGACAGAGCCGGAAGCUGGAGCCGGGAGGGUUUGGGGAGAAGUCUGUUAGGCCAGGUGGCGGUGAAACUUCUCCCCGUUAUGAGAGCCAUCAGAGUGGGACGCCUUUGAAAGCCAAAAGGUCCCCGGAUGACACCUUGCCUGGAGGUCCUGGCUGCAGCAGUGGGAGCGGCCACUACACGCUGGAGCGGGCAGCCCACGCCACCUCUGACAUCCCCGAAGCCUCCUGUGAGAAGGCAGAGAAGGAGGCCCAGCUGGCUGCCCAGAGGGCAGGCGAACAGGGAGAGACCAUGAAACCGUUUGACCUGAACUAUGGAAAUGCCAUCGUUGAAAACUGCGGAUCCAGCCCCGGAGAGGAGACUGAGGUGGGCUCUGUGGUGGGGGAAGGCUUCAUCGAAGUCCUGACCAAGAAGCAGCGCCGUGUGCUGGAGGAAGAGAGGAGAAGGAAGGAGCCAGCCGUGCAGGUACCUGUCAAAGGCCGAAGUCUUUCCUCUCGUAUUCCUCCUCGGUUUGCGAAAAAGCAGAACCACCUGUGCCUGGAGCAAGGUGAUGGAACUGUGCCUGGCAGUAGCCUGGGCACCGAGAUCUGGGAGAGCAGCGGCCAGGCAGCCCUCCCCAUUCAGGCCUCGACCGGCGACUCCUGGGCCAAAGCCGCCACCGCCUUUGCCGGCACCGAGCCCGGCUCUGCCGAGCAGGGCUUUAAGAGCAGCCAGGGAGACAGCGGCGUUGACCUGAGCGCCGAGUCUCGGGAGUCCUCAGCGACCUCCUCGCAGCGCAGCUCCCCGUACGGCACUCUGAAACCCGAGGAGGUGAGCGGGCCCGGCCUGGAGCCCAAGGCCGAUGGCCACAAGGAGCAGACUCAGAAGCAGUCGGAGCCGAAGGAUUCCGAACAAGGCUCGGGACAGAGCAAGGAGCACAGACCAGGACCCAUCGGCAAUGAGCGGUCUCUGAAAAACAGGAAGGGCUCCGAGGGGGCUGAGCGGCUGCAAGGGGCUGUGGUCCCCCCUGUUAAUGGGGUGGAGAUUCACGUGGACUCCGUGCUGCCAGUGCCACCCAUUGAAUUUGGAGUCAAUCCAAAGGACUCUGAUUUCAGCUUGCAGCCCGCUUCUGCCUCUGGUCCCGCGGGGAAUCCAGUUGUCAAACUUCAGGACGCGUUGGCCAGUAACGCUGGGUUGGCACAGAGUAUUCCCAUCCUCCGGCGCGAUCAUCACAUCCAGAGGGCCAUCGGCCUCUCACAGAUGUCCUUCCCCACCGCCGACCUCACUCUGAAGAUGGAGUCUGCGCGCAAGGCCUGGGAAAACUCGCCCAGUUUGCCGGAGCAGAGCUCCCCAGCAGGCGCUGGCUCGGGCCUGCAGCCGCCGUCCUCCGGGGCAGCCUCCAGCGGGGUCAGCUACAGCUCCUUCGGCGGGGUCUCCAUGCCCCCCAUGCCCGUGGCCUCGGUCGCACCUUCUGCGUCUCUUCCAGGCAACCACCUGCCACCUCUCUACCUGGAUGGCCAUGUGUUUGCAAGUCAGCCCCGGCUGGUUCCUCAGACGAUACCUCAGCAGCAGAGUUACCAACAGGCUGCCGCCGCCCAGCAGAUCCCAAUUUCCCUUCACACGUCUCUGCAAGCUCAAGCCCAGCUCGGACUGAGGGGCGGGCUCCCCGUCUCCCAGUCUCAGGAGAUCUUCAGCUCCUUACAGCCCUUCAGAUCUCAGGUGUACAUGCACCCCAGCCUGUCACCGCCCAGCACCAUGAUCCUCUCCGGGGGCACAGCCUUGAAGCCCCCCUACUCGGCGUUCCCAGGCAUGCAGCCCUUAGAGAUGGUGAAGCCCCAGUCCGGCUCGCCCUACCAGCCCAUGAGUGGAAACCAAGCCCUGGUCUACGAGGGCCAGCUCGGCCAGGCCGCCGGGCUCGGCGCCUCCCAGAUGUUGGACUCCCAGCUCCCACAGCAGCUGACGAUGCCGCUGCCUGGCUCCCAGCUGCCCCUGCCUCGGUACGGCUCUGGGCAGCAGCCCCUGCUCCUGCCGCAGUCCAUCCAGCUGCCACAGGGGCAGAGCCUCUCUGUCGGGGCCCCCCGAAGAAUGCUCCCACCCGGGUCCCAGCCUUCGGUCCUUAACACCAGCAGAGAGUCUUCUCAGAUGGAGAUGAAGGGCUUCCACUUUGCCGACAGUAAACAGAAUGUUUCUUCAGGAGGCUCCAUGCCAUCACCGCAGACCUACAGUUCCAUAUCCGAGGAUUCAACCAACUGCAGAUCGUGUAGUACGUGCUUACUGAAAAGAAUCCACGUGCCUAGCUCUGCUAGCCCCAGUGGGAAGCCCUCUGGAUCAGCAGUUAACAUGGGCUCUGUGCAGGGACACUACGUUCAACAGGCAAAACGAGUGGAUGAAAAGCCCAGCCUGGGAGCCGUGAAGCUGCAGGAGGCCCCCUCAGCCGCUUCCCAGAUGAAGCGAACUGGAGCGAUCAAGCCCCGGGCAGUGAAGGUGGAGGAGAGCAAGGCCUGAAGAUGCUGGGCCUGGCCUGCCCAGAAGGACUGCCGCCCCUCGACCUCGCUGCCACCGGACGCUGGGGAGCCUCCCAGAUGGAUCCACCGUCCACCGACCUGGCCCGGACUGCGAGAUCUCCCUGCUCUCCUCCACUCCUGAAAGCUCCGUUGUCCAACCAGCUUGCACCCGUGGAUCUGUGGCAUUGACCUGCUUGGCUUUAAUACGAAACAAACGAAAAAGCAAAUGACUCCAUUCCCGCCUCCUUUCCGCCACGACCGUGGAGUGACCGAGCCGUCAUGCCGUGCAGAUUAACCCCGCCCUCCCCUCCUCAUCCUGCUCCUGGCAGCCAUGGCGCCCUCCACCGAGCUUCCUUCCCUCCCCGCUUUCCGUCCCCGGGCACGGUGGUCUGGCAGCAGGGCCGUUUUAGUUGAGGCUUUUUGUUUUAAAAAGCAGCUAAAGGUUUUUACAAAAGAGAAAGGAAAAGAAAAACACAAGCUUCGUCUGUAGAGCUGGACUUUUGUAUGUUCUUUGCCAUCCUCUCCUGACUCCUCUUCUGUUCGGUAGUUUCCUUUUAACGUCUCUCCUGUUUAAUUUGAUACAUCACUGCGAUACCUUAAGAGAUGACUCUUGGGAACGUGCUCUCUCCUGCUCUCUCUCUCUCAGUUGGUUAACCUUUGAGGUUACUUGCAAAAAGAAGUGGUGACUUAAGACACCGCUCCUGAGCUUGGGAAGCGGUGGGGGGGUGGGGCGGGAGGGGGGAUGGCGUUUCAGUCGGCUUCCAGCCCCUGGCCUGAUGACCACAGGGACUUACGGGCAGCCCGGUGAAGCUGACGACGUUUUUAGCAUAAGAAUUACACAGAAUUUCUGUUUUGAACUCUUCAAAACUGGUGGGGACACUGACCGCUGGGCACCUGAGGUGAAUCAUGGAGCUAGAAGGCCCUGGCAUUUUCCAGUUUGGCCUGGACGGUGCGAACUGGCAGCAUGAGCCCCCGUCAGUGUCUGCUUCUGGGGUUCCAGCACCCGCGGGGCCUGAUGUUUUCCCACACGCUCCCUUUCCUCCGAGCUUCCCUCGUCCUUCCUGAGCUGCCUCUGUCUCUCUGGGUCCUCCUGUCCCUCCACCUAUCCCACAGCUCGUCACUGGAAGCCACGCACUUCCUCUGUGGUGACGGACGCGUGGACGGUUGUCACUAGAGACCGUGCAGUUCAUCCGCGUGGCAGUGAGCGCGUGGACGGGGGUUUGGUUGGGUCUGUGACAGAGGCGUGAGCUCUGGGAGGGCUUCCUUUUCUCCGCUCCCAGCAGCAGACCCAGGCUGUGGGGACAGAGAGGCCUGAGCUGGGCAGUGGGUCUCUUCAAGGACAGAGCAGUGUCCAAGGGGAGGGUGGGUUGCAGGGCUGAUGGUGAUUCCCAGAACAACCUGGGUAGCCUCGUAAGUCUGCAGAGCUGCCGUUAUCAAAGUCUUUGUGUGAGGCGUUUUAUGCUAGGCUUUUGUUUGUUUUUAAGGUAAGAAUUAGAAGGAAAUCAUCCCAAAUUCUGUCAUUCCAAGGAAAGGCGAGGGGAAAUUUGAAGUUUUGCUCACGCUCUCGGGAGUAACUAACCCGCCAUCUACCUGCCGUUGCUGGCGGGUCCAGGGAAGACCUGGCUCGGAGAAUGGGCAGUAGGCGAUCGGGGGCGUGCCCCACAGAGUCCACCCGCAGCGUUGCCACAGGUGUGUGACAGUCACUCGGGCAGUGGUUCUAAACUCUGUCCAGUGUGGAACACGGGGAAAGACGCGCCUUAGGAACCGCGGAAGUCACUUGUUGCUCUUCACUGCUUUAAGGAAGUGGGGGAACAACAGCCUCCUGGCAAAGGGUGCAGGGCUCCUCCCCGUGUCAUCCGGGGAGGCCAGUUUUCUUGAAGGAUGCUUCACUGCUUGAUCGAUAAUGUUCAGCACUCCCCUCCUUGCCUCCACCCUCAGGCCUUACUUCUCACUAGCUUGUUUUUUUUUUUCUCCUUCAUCCCCUGAAUCUUUACUCGGAAGGCCCUUCUUGAAGGGCUGCCCACUGGCUCACCUGCUCUUGUCUCACUUCCCCUGCGAGUGCCUAGCUGCCGUCCCCGCACCCAGCCGCCCUGACCGAGCUCCUCUCCGCUCCGGCCGCCCCUGCAGAGGCCACACACUCACACUUAGAAACAUGGCCAGACCCCUCACACCUAACUCCAGUGCACAUUGUCAAAAGGAAAAAAGGCUUUCUCAUUUUGAAAUUGAACAGGACAGUCCUGGAUGCUGUUACAAACUCUCAAGAUGUAUCCUUCAGGUGAACCUGCCAUCAGAGUGACGGUACUUCCUGUUGGAGAAAAAAUAAAAAUGAAAGGGUCACCUGUUCUCCAGCCCUUUUCUCUACCCCUGUAUUUCCCCACCCCCACCCCCCAAUAAAAACAGAAAACAC